ACAGGUUGGUAUCGCUUCUGAAUGCUUUACGAGCUCUUGAACAUAAAAGCAAGGCCGAGGGCAUGUAUGUGUUGGCAUCAAGCAUUUCGUGUUGGUAACAGUAUCAGAGUUUAAAUCGUUCCAAGAAGACUCCAUUUCCAUCUCAAGUGUCGGACUAUCACAUUGAUCAUGGCACCUAUGUACAGUCCGAAAUGCCACAAGAAGCUCAAUGGCAAGGUCGUUGUUCUAACAGGUGGCAAUACUGGAAUUGGCAAAGAGACCGCUCGAGAUCUGUCAAAACGGGGUGCUCGUGUCAUCAUCCUUUGCCGAGAUACCAACAAAGGCGAUGCUGCAGCCGAAGAAAUCACCCACGAGACUCACUUUGUGGUGAAAUGUGUAAAAUUGGAUUUGGCGUCAUUACGAUCGGUACGAGAGUGCGCUGAAAAUAUUUUGGAAACCGAAGAUAAAAUCGAUUAUCUCAUUAACAAUGCGGGAGUAAUGAUGUGCCCCUACUGGAAAACUGAAGACGGUUUUGAUAUGCAAUUUGGAACCAAUCAUUUAGGACAUUUUCUCCUCACAGAAAUGCUCCUGCCACUUGUGAAAAAGUCGGCUGCUGGUGGCUUUCGCCCAAGGAUUGUCUUGGUAUCGAGCAUGGCCCACGAAUCCUUUGGAAUGAACUGGAACGACAUCAAUUUUGAGAAAAGUUACAAUUCUCUGAAAGCCUAUUGCCAAUCUAAACUAGCUAAUGUACUUCAUGCCAAAGAAUUAGCUGAACGCUUGGACGGGUCGGGAAUUAGCGUAUAUUCAUUACACCCAGGCGUUAUCAAAACAGAAUUAACUCGUCACACCAACGAAACCUGGUACGGAAAGAUGUUUUACUUCUUCACCAACGCUUUCUACUUGACCCCAGUUGAGGGAUGUCAAACCACGUUGUACUGCAUUUUGGAAGACUCCAUCGUGGAUCAUUCGGGACGAUAUUAUUCAGGAUGCCAAGAGAAGACUCCAAGUUCUAAUGCUCUCAAGGAAGCAGAUCAAAAGCGUUUGAGAGAUAUCAGCUCAAAGCUUGUUUGCUUGACUCCGAAAGUGCUACAAGUUUGUCAAGCCAAGAUGACAAAAUACAAAGGAUCGAUGAUUGAAAAACGGCUGGAUGGCAAAGUGAUAGUCAUCACAGGUGCAAAUACUGGAAUUGGUAAGGAAACAGCAUUGGAUUUGAGUCGAAGAGGGGCACGCAUUAUCAUGCUGUGCCGAUCUUUGGAAAAAGCUAAUGUCACUGCGGACAAAAUUAAACAAGUGACCAAAGGAUACGUUGAUGUUCAGGAGCUUGAUCUAGCAUCUCUCAAAUCCGUGCGUAAAUGCGCACAGACCCUAUUAGAAAAAGAGGAAAAGAUCGAUAUUCUGAUCAAUAACGCGGGCGUGAUGCUGUGUCCCAAUUGGAAGACCGAGGAUGGAUUCGAUAUGCAAUUUGGCACCAAUCAUCUUGGUCAUUUCCUUCUAACAGAGUUACUGUUGCCACUUUUGAGAAAGUCGGUGAACACAGGAUUUCAUCCCAGGAUCGUCAUCGUUUCUAGCUUGGCUCAUGAGAGUGGUCAAAUAUAUUGGGACAAUAUCAAUUUUGAAAAGAGCUUCAGUUCCAUGAAUGCUUACAAGCAAUCUAAACUCGCCAAUGUGAUGCAUGCGAAUGAACUCGCAAGAAGAUUGGAAUCUUCAGGAAUCACUGUUUACAGCCUUCAUCCAGGAGUGGUUAAUACAGAGCUGUCCAGGCACAUGAAGGCGAAAUGGUAUGGAAAAAUUGCAUUGAAGGUGGUCAUUCCAUUAGUGACCAUAACACCAUUGGAGGGUGCUCAGACAACCUUGUAUUGCGCCUUGGAGGACUCCAUCGAGGGACAUUCGGGCCGAUAUUACAGUGGAUGCAAAGAGAAAAAGGCCAGCGCUCGUGCUUUGGACGAGAAAGCACAAAAGAGAUUAUGGGAGCUCAGCGAGAAAAUGGUCGAAUUGAAGGCAUAGCUUCAUGAGAGAAUUUUAAACGAAGACGAAUAUACGCUAAUUUCUUUGGAAAAAGA